GUCCCACAUUGCAACAUUUGAAGAACAACAUAUAAUCACCAAUUUUGUCUAAUUAGUUUUAAAACAUAUACAUGGCUUCAUUUCAAAUGACGCUCAAUUUUCCGGCCAAAUCUCAGGGGUUUUCGGGAAAAAUCCCGAAUAAUAAUAGCAAGCGGUCAGUAAUGGUGAGGUGUGAUGAUAAUUGUAGCAAAAAACUGAAGGUUUUGAUAGCCGGAGGAGGGAUUGCAGGGCUCGUUUUUGCGGUGGCGGCCAAAAGGAGUGGAUUUGAGGUAGCGGUUUUCGAGAAGGAUUUGACGGCGGUGAGAGGAGAAGGUCGUGACCGUGGUCCAAUACAGUUGCUGAGCACUGCUUUGGGGCUGUUGGAAAAAAUUGAUAAAGAUGUGGUGAGGGAGAUUAAUGAGGUUGGUUAUGUAACUGGUAAUAGGACUAAUGGCCUAGCAGACGGCACCACUGGCAACUGGUUCACACAGUUUGAUUUCCUAACCCCAGCUCUAAAGAAGGGUAUUCCAGUCACUCAAAUAAUAUGCAGAAUUGAUUUGCAAAGGCUCCUUCUCGAUGCACUUGGCCACGACUUAGUUAUCAACAACUCCAAAGUUGUCGACUUUGUCGAUCAUCCCAACAAGGUGACAGUUAUUCUUGAAAAUGGACAAGAGCACCAAGGCGAUGUAUUGAUUGGGGCAGAUGGCAUGAGAUCACUGGUGCGGUCAAGACUAUUUGGUCAUAAAGACCCAAAGUACUCUAACUUUAUAUGCUACAGUGGCAUAGCCGAAUUCCAUCCCGACUAUCUUCCUCCUUUUGGGUACAAGAUAUUCGUAGGACAUAACAAAUACUUUGUCGCAUUAGAUAUUGGUAACGGGCGUAUGCAGUGGUACGCAUUCGGUAAAGAGGCAAGCGAUUCUCUUCCUUCACCCAAUGGGAAUAAGAAGAAGUUAUUAGUAGACUUCGGGAAAUGGUGCGAUGAGGUGAUAGAGAUUUUGGUCAACACGCAAGAGCACAUGAUCAUAAGGAGGCCCAUACACGAUAUCGACAUGUUAAACACAUGGGGAAAAGGGCGUGAUUGUUACUGGCUCAUGCUCGAGCUGCGAAAACUUGUCGAAACGAACCCUUUUUCCGGAAUUUCAUCUGAUGAAUUAGCACAAGCGUUCAGAAGAUUUGAAAAGAAGAGAAUGUUUAGAGUGAGGACGGUGCAUACGAUCUGUAGAAUGGCUUCUAUUUUGACCAUCUUUUAUCGAACCUAUGUCAACAUUGGUCCUCUUCCUGUCUUCAAGCUGUCGGCAUUACGGUUUAAACACCCUGCGCUCCUUGUUUCGAGCUCAGUACUAAAGUUUGCUUUGCCCAAGUUCAUGGACUGGGUUGUUGUUGGCCAAGAAUGACCUGAAAUCUACGUACAUUUUUGCCUAAUUAUUGAUAAAAAAAAAAUGGGCCUAUUGUGUUAUUUAAUUUAUUAGGGACAUUUUCACUUAUCCUACACGAUUGUAGGAAUAUUGCAAAAUUACCGUUAAUACACAAUUAAUUGUGUAUGUACCUAAUAGCUAGUAAUUAAUUAUAUUGUUGCCUAAAAAUCAGUUACAGAUCUUGAUUUCAUAUUCCAUAUUUAAGAAAAGAUAACCAAUUGAACCUGCUCAACCAUCGCCUGAGACCUUCUUGUCUGCUCGUCUCAUGUACGUGAUCUCGAGUGUAUAUCUUAGGUAUAUUUUAUGUAUAUGUGGGUUCUGAAAUCGAUUUUGAGAAACGAUUGAAACUCGAGUGUAUAUUUAAAGUAUAUUUUGUGUAUAUUUUGUGUCUGC